AAACAAAUGUUUGGCGUUGGCACCUAAGCAAUGUGCAGUAGCUGGCACUGGGUCUUUUUAUCAAUAGUAACAGGGUGCUUUCUGUGCCGCGGAACAGCUUAAGGACACACUGCAUGUUUAGGAGGAAGAGGAUACCUGGCAUUUAGUGAAAGCCAUGGUAAAUACUCCUCAUAUAAGCAUGACUUUGUGUACAAAAAGGCAUUUCACUGAACAUAGUUUGCCUGCAGAUUGGGUGGCACAAGCCGCACACCCAAAAAAUAUAGAUUUCAUGUCCUGUAAUAGAAACAUCCUCCAUUACUGUGUUCUGGUGUCAUCAUUGGGGAACAGGAAUGUAGCUGGCACAGAUAUACGUGGUAUUGCUUUGCUUGUUAUAUAAAGGAGGUGUCUGACUUCGCUGCCACUAAGUAAUGCAUUCCAAGGUUUUCCCUGCCAGCAUUAGAAGCUUUAAACUUGCACACUGUUAUUUCAUGACCAACAUCUCGGAGCCAGGAGAAGUUGGUGGGAAAAAAAUCACAUGUUGUCAGGAUUCAAAACUCAUAAAAUAUUAUUUUUCCCUUCUUAAACGAGAAACUGCAAAACAUUAGAACAACUGUGCCUGUUUAUCCAAAACAACUAUUUUUGCCCAAAGUUUUUUCUCAGCCAGCUAAAAGACCUUUAUAUAUAUCUACUGCCAUCCAGUGGCCAAACUGAUAACUGCAAUGUACAAAAGCCACUGAAGUUUAAGUCACUGCAAAAGAAUGCACAUAAACUUUAAGGAAGAAUGUCUGCCUAAACAUGAUCGCUGUGACAGUUUAAAAAUAGCUGUUGUCCUGCCUUGUUAGCCUUUCUUUAACUCGAGUGUGUAGAGCCAUAUAUAGCUAGAUAUAACCAUAUCUUACUGAAAGUAUCAUUAAGCCUGUGUAUUUCUCAAUCUAACUGGAAACAGGCAACCAGGAAGGCUGUAAGGUUGGCCACCACCGAAUAAAAGGAUUAUAGUAGCCCUGUGCACUGGAGGGAUUGCUAUACAAAUGGCACUUUAAUGAACCGUUGCCUUUGAUCUCAGACUCGGCUCAUAUGGUAUUAGUUUUCUACUGCAAAGACAUUUCCUUACCUUACAGUAAAUUAUUCUUUGCACAUAUUUAUAAAGCACCAGCAUAUUCCAGAAUGCUGUGCAAUAGAAUUUUCAUCUAGGGCAACUGUUGAUUAUAUUUUGUAGUGCAGGGGAAGGAGAACAUAAUUACUGUAAAAACCAAUACAGUUUUCCAUUUCUUGGAUAUGUACUUUGCCAACCUCUUAUCAGCUUGCUGCAUAUUGUUUAGGAAAUAUUUUUUGCAUCUAAUUAAUUCACUUAAUGUUUCAUAUUCCACCCCUCUGCACUUCAGGAUUCAAGCUUUUGUAUGCAUUGCUGCAGUUUGGCAAAGAUAAUCAUCUUGCCUCCAGUGUAUAAAGGCUGAUGAAAAGCCCUUUAAGAAGGUCCUGUCUGUGUUUUGGUGUUAAUGUUUUGGCUUUCCUAAAAUAAAGCCAAUCCAAACCAUACAAAUUUGUAGGAUCACCUGGUGACCACCAGGAUGGGCUGCAUUGCAUAUACUGGAACUUCUAAUAUCUUAUGAGUUCUGUUUUAAGAAAACACAUACUUUUCUGAAUAUUUUGCUCUUUAUUUGCUAGAAAAUAUGUAGACAGAGCCAUAUUCUAUUAAUUCAUUAUUAAGAAGUGACUUGGUGUUUAAGUUGCUGAGUUGUGGACAGUCUGCCAAGCUGCUCUGCAAAUACCUUAUGGCCUUAAUCUAAAGCUAUCAAUUCGUGUGAAAAACGAUGGUCCUUCUAGAAAAACAUAUAGAAGGACUGCAUGGAUUGCAUUAAGUUAAAAGGCUAUCAGUUUAUAAAAACUACAACCCAGCAAACUUUUAUCUCUUGGAAUUGCCCAGAUUUUUCAGCUAAUCUACAACCAUUACCUUAGUCGAAAUAUCUGUGAGGCAUCAAGUCAGGUAACAAGCUCUGUGUGUUAGGGACCUAAUGUAUUUAUACAGCUCUGUGUACUUAGUAGCAAUAUAUAAACGUAAUAAAAUAUUUCAUCAGCCUGCAUUAGCUGGUUGGAAUGUUCUCCAUUUCUGUUUGUGCUAUGCUUCCUCUGUGAGUAUAAGUGAAUAGUUCCUGGGAUACCUGAUUAUAAUGUGCCAGGCAGAGUGUCUUGGCAUUAGCACGGCCUCCCUGAAUCUAUUAUUUACCUAGCGGUGGCUACUUAGUGGUAUAAUUAUCCCUUUCAGGCCAUCCUUGCAAAAUGUUACAAUGUCCUGGCUAGAAGCUGGAUUCCUUCUCUGAUACUGUUACAAGGUGUUGGUUAAAUAAAGAAUGAGUAACAUUGCAGGGCCAUCUCACUGAAAAGUCACAAGUCCCAGGAGGGCUGAGUGCUUAAAUAAUUUAGAUCAGUGUGGUUGAACUUAAUUCUCAGCUUAAAAUCGAAACUGGAGACUUAAAACAAGCUUUGCUCUUUUCCUUUGCCCAAAGAGUGCCAAGCAGAGUAUAGUCUGACAGAUGCCAUGAGCCAAGCACGUAGUAGCACUGUUGUAUCAGUAUCCCCUAGCCCCCAGGAAUCCAAUAGCUUUUCUACAUAACUUUCUUUUCAUGCACAUGCAAUUGCAACUAACUCUCAAAUUCUCAUAACAAAACUCACACAUUUUUCUUAUUCUUGCAUAUUGACUUGACACUUCCCACUCAAAGCAGAGCCAAAAGCCUUUCCUGCUCGGUCACAGAUAGGGCUGUAUGUUGAUGAGACAUAUACACCAGCUACAUUUUACAGGGUUUUGGAUUUUAAAUGUGAUACAUAAACAGUGGUUUUUCCUUUUUUCUCCCCCCCCCCCCUUUUUUUUCAUUACAAUUAAGAUGGCACACAGAUAAAACGUUAUCUCCUAGCAGCCCACUGUAUUGGCUUACUUAUGGAAAAAGCUGCUUUUUUCACUAGGUGCAAAUGGCCCAUGAUACACAUUUGCCAUAUUUACCAACGUCAGAGCGUAUUUAAUAAAAUAUGCCAGUCAUUAUGCAGCUAUUUUACUGUCAUUAUGCAGCUGUUGUACUGUUUUAGUGCCACCUAGUGGCUAAUUUGUAAAAGUGACUAUGCAAACCAAGUGUAUCAUAGCUGCGCAUAUUCUUUGUAAAUGUUGUACCUUGCACCUAGCUCAGCACUAUGCUCUAGCUUUCAUUUCUCUUUUGUGCAACAAAAUCAUUUGCCACCUAGGUUCCCACUGACUUAACAAAGGGGACUUUUCAGUUACACCAGGGGACUUUCAGGGUGGGGUGAAUAGAUUAAAUAACAGGUAAAUUAUGGACACUAACUUGCAAAGUAAUAGUUACUAAAAGUAACUGAGGUAGCAUAGUUAGGGUAUUUAAUUAAUUAAGUUAUAAAAUUUGCCCAUCCAAUGCAAGGAAACCUUAUCUAAGUUGUAGUUUGGUACUUUCCAAUAUAAAUUUGAUUGUGUGCACAAGCAGCACUUGUAACGUGUGUAAAGUAACAGAACUAUCCAGUGAAACAGAGGGCUCUUGCCUUUGGGGAUCUAAAGAGAUACAAGGCUGUUUGAUGCAGCCCUCUAUCCUAAACUGGCCUUCUAGGAAUGUUAAAAUUGCUGGAGGUUAUUGGGUGAAAUAUUCCCAGAAUGAGUCAAAUAUUUUCCAGGACAGAGUUGCUGCAAUAUUCGCCUCCCCUUCCAUUUGUGGAAGUUUUUUUGUGUGUGUGUGUGUGUAGCAGACAGCUUAUGGGGACAGGUGAUAUGUAAUCUAAACACAGGGCAGGGAAUGCACAAAAGUGAACUGUCUGCCAGCGGAGCAGAGACAACAGAGCAUCCUAUGGAGAAGGUGUUGUGCUUUCUGCUGCAUGCAGCUAUCAAACAGGGAUUUGGAUUGUGAACUGAGAUUCCAGAAACCAGGGCACUAUGGCAUCUCAAACUCUAACUGACCGCUGCAUCCAGUUCACUCGACAUGCAAACGAUGUUCUCCUGAACCUCAAUCGCCUUCGAAGCAGGGAUAUUCUGACUGAUGUUAUCAUUGUUGUAGAGGGAGAGCAUUUUCGGGCUCACAAAACGGUCCUCAUGGCCUGCAGCGGCCUGUUUUACGCGAUCUUCACUGACCAGAUGAAGUGUAAUUCGAACAUUAUUAAUCUGAACACAGACGUCAGUGCCGAGGGCUUCAGAGUUCUUCUUGAUUUCAUGUAUACAUCUCGACUUAAUUUGAGGGACAGCAGCAUUAUGGCCGUUAUGAGCACUGCGCUGUACCUGCAGAUGGAGCAUGUUGUGGACACCUGCCAGAGGUUUCUCAAAUCGAGUGAGGAUAUUGUUGCCAUGAAGCCACCAAGAGACGAAUUUUUACCUGGAAGAGCAAUGUUACCGCCAGAUGUUAUGGCCUACAGAAAUUGUGAGAUGUCUGAAAAUACCAUACCUUUUCGCAGUGGAACCAUGUGUGAUGGAAGGUCCUACCUUUCCAGCCUUUACAGUAGUUCUACAUCCUCGUAUCCCCUUUAUGGCCAUAUGCCUGUUCCUGGGUUCCUGUUUCCAGAGGAUGAGGUUAAAGAUAUGCAGAUGUCAGAGAUGCAGAAAGCAAGCAGAAAUCAAAAGGAGAGUGUGUUACCUGGGGAAAACUCAAGGACUUUGCUAGGAGAUUACAGAAAAGUCAUGUCGGACAUGUCUUUUAACAUGUGUCACAGCAACAAUUAUUCCCAAAAGGAUGUUGCAAUGGAAGAGCCCAGAAGUGAAGCACACUACAAUAUGGUGAUAGGCUCAAGGUCUGCUGGUCCCUCAUUCCGAAGUAGCCCUUUUUUUACAUGUGAGAAAACGACUAAAGAAGAGGAGAGAACAUCCUCAGAGGAUGAAAUAAGCCAGCACUUUAAACCAACCAACUCUCCUGCCAAUCGAAAGGGUCUUGUAAGUCCACAGAGCCCACAGAAAUCAGACUGCCAACCCAACUCUCCUACAGAGUCCAGCAGCAGUAAAAAUGCUAGAAUAUCCCAAGGAUCAAGUUCUCCUGUGUCUAAGAACUCUACAGACCCAAAAGCCUGUAACUGGAAAAAGUACAUGAUGCUUAGUUCCCUAAAGCAGAGGGAUAAAGAGAGUUGCACCAAGCAGAGUGAGAUUGAUAAUCUGUCUCCAAAUUCUUAUACUUCUUUAUCUUCAUACCAACAUCCAGUGAAGUCAGAAAAUGCGGAUGAUCAGGCCUCCCCUAAGAUAAAUGGAAGCACAGAAGAUCCAUUGAUACCCCAAGCUAGCAAACUGAACAACCUUGUCAACAGGUCUCUGGAAGGAUCACCACAAAGCAGUGAGGGACAUUCGCCUCUCUAUGUUCAUGCAUCCAAGUUCAAUUUGUUUUCUUCACAAUCCCCUCCUGAACUGUGCCCUCACACCCCUGGCUCCAACUUUGGAGAAGAAAUUACUGAGACACAGUCAGAAUAUUCAGACUCUAGCUGCGAAAAUGGUACUUUCUUUUGUAAUGAAUGUGACUCUCGCUUUUCUGAGGAGGGUUCCCUAAAGAGACACAUGCUGCAAGUGCACAGUGACAAGCCGUAUAAGUGUGACCGCUGUCAGGCCUCCUUCCGAUACAAGGGGAACCUUGCCAGCCAUAAAACUGUUCACACCGGAGAAAAACCAUACCGCUGCAGUAUCUGUGGGGCCCAGUUCAACCGACCUGCAAACCUGAAAACUCAUACACGGAUACAUUCUGGGGAAAAGCCGUACAAAUGCGAGACCUGCGGGGCAAGGUUUGUGCAGGUUGCACAUCUCCGUGCUCACGUUCUCAUUCACACAGGAGAGAAACCAUACCCAUGUGAGAUAUGCGGCACACGAUUCCGCCACUUGCAAACAUUAAAGAGUCACCUUCGGAUCCACACUGGAGAGAAACCAUACCAUUGUGAGAAAUGCAACCUUCAUUUUCGACACAAGAGCCAGCUGCGACUUCACUUGCGUCAGAAACACGGCGCUAUCACCAACACAAAAGUCCAGUAUCGUGUGUCGUCAUCAUCCGACUUACCUUCUGACAACCCGAAAUCUUGUUGAGUUCUCACAUCCCUCCAAUCAAUCGUGGAGUGCCUCUAUUUUGAUCUUUGUGCAGAUGGGUUCAAAUGAAACGGGUUUAACUAUUUUAUUAUUUUUGUCCUGGUCAUGUGAAAUGUGCGCUCUUCAAUGUAAAUACAUCAAUAUAAAUAUAUAUAUAUAUAUUUUUUAAUCUGUGUGGUGAAGUGACCAUACACCAUUCAUUUGUUUCCACAUUAUCUGUCUCACUUAGACAAAGAAUCAGUGGUAAUGAACAGGGUGGACUUUAAUGGAAGCCAGCAAUGUAUUGGCACUCCAAGGCAGGGUGGGAAAGAGCAUUCAAUAUAGCAACCGCAUUGUUAGUAAAACAGUAUAUUUAUCUAUAUAAAUCAUCUGACAGUUACUCUGAAGGCAGUUGUAAUUAACCCUUGUUGCUUUACGGUAUAACUGAAAUUGCUCAGACUGACAUUUUUGCCAAGAUACCCUGCAGAGUGCAGCUUUAUGCUUAAACUUGAACUGAAUUGCUUUAUUUGUGGUAGAUGACUGUGCUACUUUUGAGUGGCUUUAUUGGCUGCUUAACUCUCAUUACGAGGGACUGGUGUAAUGAAAUCAACUAUCAUUUGGUACUAAGUGAAAAAGCAAACAACAAUAAAAAAAAGCCAAAUACUACUGGGAGACUACAGCAUUUCUAGGAUUGGUCUUCAGCAGGGGUCCCUAUGACCAGAAUUACUUGACCCCCCCCCACUUAAUAAUUGUUGGUAUCUGAGAGACCCAGGAAAACAAGCACUUAGAUUGACUCUUGUGGUAGUUCAGAGUAAACUCUAAUGCUCACAGGGUUAAAUAACCUUUCAUAUUGGUAUCUGGGAAAGCUUGCAGACAUUUUAGGUUGUCCUUUUCGGAGGGUAAGCUUAUUCCACUGCUGAUACAGCUGUUGGUAAUAUGAAAGGAACCUCUAGAUUUAGCACCUUUUUAUAUUUACACAAGCACUAAAUUUUACUGAGAAGCGCAGCCAGGGAUACAGUUUGUGUAUACAGGGAGAGUCUGACGCUAGCUAGGUUGUAUGCAAGUCUCAAUGCACUUUCAAAAUAAAAUGAAAAAAGACUCUUUAUUACCAGGUGCUAGAUAUAUCGUGUACUUUGGGGCAAGGGUGCUGAGAGAUUAUAUUCAUAUUUUGUAUCUACUUCAGUCUAGUUUUGGCCUAAGAAUGGUUUCAAGACUCUCUGGCUGUUAACAAACAUUAACUAUACUGCACAUGCCCUGCCUUAGCUCCUGUGUGUAGGUAAGCAAUAAGGAACUCUGGGGUCCCCUGGUCAGUGGUAGCUUUGUGAUUUAGAUCCUACUGACCUGGCUCCAGCUGUGACUUAUGGUCGUGGCUGCGAAUGAAUACCAGCACUAUCAGGCACCUAAAAAUCAAUAUUUUUCUAGUCGCUGGCUUUUCUGCAUCCCCUAAGAAAUAGAGUAUUUAAUUUUUAUGGUAUAUAUGAUAUGCACUCAUUUUAAGGUAAACAGAACAAAGAAUUACUUAUGUAUGCUUUUUAAGAGAGAGGGCUUUAACUUUUGUUA